CUUCGGAACGACUUGACCCUCACUGCUGCAUCAGACGGCCAGAAGUUCCGUCUCGCAACUAAUAGAAACGGGAUCUGUUACCUCUAUGUAAACAGCCCUUCCGUAAAGCGGCUGCGGGUCAAUGACUACUUCGGGUGGGCCAAGUACGGCGUGAAGCCGCCAAUCAGCACGUCGACGAUCUGGAACAAGUGCGACAUGAGCACCGGGGCUACGUUGGUGGAUGUAGGGCAGCUGUUGAAGAACAAGGAGAACGAGAUGCAGGAGAAGGUGAAGGAGAUGAGAAAGGAGUUGGACGCGAAGGAGAAGGAAGUGUCUUUAAUGAGGAAGGUGGUGGAGAGGUACGAGGAAGUGGAAUCUAUGUGGGAGAAAACCAUGCAAGAAAAGGACAAGCAGCUGGCUAUGAUAAUGGAGAGGAACAAAGAAGCGGAAUCCAAGUGUGAGAAAUCCGCGCAGGAGAAGGAGAAGCAGCUGGUUAAGCUCAUGAAUGCCCUGCGUGCCUUGCUUUGUGACGUCUAA